ACACACACCAGAUGACCCCUAGCUUCAACACACACCAGAUGACCCCUAGCUUCAACACACACCAGAUGACCCCUAGCUUCAACACACACCAGAUGACCCCUAGUUUCAACACACACCAGAUGACCCCUAGUUUCAACUACACACCAGAUGAGACCUAGGUUCAGCUAUACAGGUUCAACACAACACAACCUAAGGUAACACAUCUUAUAAACAACAUCUGAGUGUAUGGACUGCUAUAUCUAAACCGUGCAGCUAUCCCAACAUCUCUGUGCAGAGUCACUUUCCCUGGGGGACACUGUUGUCAGUAAAAUAUCUGUCAAAGUCAAGUGGACAUGUCUUAUGAUUCUCAGGGUCUGAAAUAAGUCACGUUGUGUAAGGUCUUGACAACAAAACACAUGUGAUGUUGAAACAGCUGUUUCCCAGUUCCCUGCCCACACACAUAAACACACACUUCGUAAAUACAGUAUUACUCAUUAUUUCUGUUUAAAAUCAAAUCAGACAAUCUAGAGCUCAUGCUUUGAGACUUGACUGCUUUCAACAUGUUUACUAAAUAUGCUUACAUGCUCUCGGGACAUCAGCAGAUCGAUAGACAGCUGCUAUCCUUAACCCUGUGCUUUUACUAAAAUGGUGUGCUCUUUUCACAUUAAACUAAAUGCCUGGCUCUUUCAAAGGAGUUUGGAGUGUGUUUGUUUAGUAAGCAUCAACUCUGAGAUCUAGCAGAUGUUUGCAGUCCCCCCGACCCUGGGAUGUCAGCUCAAAUAAAAAAUGUCCUUUAAUACGGGCCUGUUGACUGGCUAUACCCACUCUUCUACACGUCUGCUCCAAGCUAUCACAAACUCCGAUAUAUCACCUUUGCCCAGGUCACCUACAAUUACAAACUGAUUGGCUCCUCAUUCAGACGACCGCGAUUGCCGACCAACUACAAAAUAUGGGCUAGGCCUCUAUCUGUGUGUGGUAUCUUGAUCAUGAUUUCAGAAGUAUAAUAAUAUAGUUUGCGACCGGGUCCUAUAAGUAGUCUACCUACGGUCUACUGGUAAACGGGGCGGAAAGUAGGGAUACGGUCGGUCAGGGACGCUGGAGCGUUGAAAGAACUCGAAAAACAAAUUAGGUCAGAGACGCUUAGGCGCCAACAGGCUACACUUGACUUCGGUACAGCGCGGAGUAGCCUGCUGGAACGCACUGCCCCGACACUGCAAGGCAUAACAUGUCUCGUCUUAUCGUUCGACUUACCCUCGUCGUCGCUCGCAGGAGAGUGGCUGCCAAUUCCGUGUUAUUGCCCAAGACUGGGGUUCCUGCUUUCAUCCGUCUUGUCUCCACUAGUUCAGGUUUGCGGUCGUUGACUCGUUACGACGAGACAACAGACUGGCAGAAGAAACUGACCCCUGAACAGUAUGUGGUCACGAGAGAGAAGGGGACAGAAAUGCCUUUCAGCGGUCUCUAUCUGAACCACAAUGAGGUGGGGAUGUACCACUGUGUGUGCUGUGACACUCCCCUCUUCAGCUCAGAGGCGAAGUAUGACUCAGGGACUGGUUGGCCAGCGUUCAAAGAGGCUCAUGGGACAUGGGAACGCGAUGAGAGCCACGCAUCCAUAAUCCGUCGCCCUGACAACACAUUGGGCAGUGCAGAGACCGAGGUCCUCUGUAAACACUGUGAUGCCCAUCUGGGUCAUGUGUUUCAGGACGGACCAGAACCCACAGGACAAAGGUUCUGCAUCAACAGUGUGUCUCUCAACUUCAGACCCAGAGAGUCCACACCCAGCAACGAGUUGAACCCUCUAGAACCAUCUGCUUAAGCCACGCCAGAACCGAACUUCACACUCGGAGAGCACAAACACAAGGACAAGUAGAACACAACAUCUGGAUCCGCUUACCCUGACCAGAGAUGGGAUUUUCCAGACCUCUGCAUAAGGAAUGCGUUUUUUUCUUUCUGGGUCUUUCUGGGUCUUUCGGCUCCUGGUCGUAGAUGACACUGUAACAUUCAUGUGCCUGGCUGUGCAGUGUUCCCAAACCUCACCUAGCCACGACAGCUGAGCACUGUUAUUGAGGAAAGGUGAUAUGAUCACAUUUCUGUGUCUGUUUUUAUAGUUCAUUAAAGGGUGUUCGUGGUCACUGGCUCCCUGAGCUCACUGCUUAUAGCUGAUAUUAUGUGCAUCCCUGUCGCCGCUGUAGUUCCUGUUGCAGUUAUUCAGUUCUGAUUAACAGCAAACUCUGAAAUGAACAACUGAUUCUGGAACUGGUUCCGGAACUCACGCAUUCUGAAACUGGCAGAGCAACCGACGGUAGAGCAAAACGAGGAAAGGCCCUGGCUUCCAGAUCGACUGAUCGUCAUCUUAUGACCACUACUGACUAUUUAGGGUUCUCAGUCCUGGGCAGGUUGUGUUCACCGAAAGACAGGUCUUGGCCUCACAUCCUCUGUCUGUGCUAGAACUUGUUUUCCAACUCCCUUUGUAAACCACUUAACAUAGAACACACUCUGUUAAUAAAAUGUGUAUUCCUUUGUU